AUGAGUUUCAUCGCCGACAUCUUUUUCGGUAGUAAAACUACCAUCGUUGGCUUCUUCGCCGAAGAGGAAGAUAAGCGAACGUUGUUGCCGUGGGUCCGGGAACCGUCCCAGCAGCAGUCGGCGGCGGCGUCGGCCACAACUACACUGCCAACCGGAACCGGUUCGUUUCAGCGGAAGAAGAACAACUGUUACUACUGCAACAACAAUAUCAACCUCACCUGCACCUGUCUGUCGUCGAGCGCUCUGGGCUACUUCUACUCGACCUCCCAAACCCUGCACCACUCGUCGGCUCCGACGACCCUGAAUCGGCGCCGGCCGUCGAUACGCGCCCCCGGCAGUGUUUCGUUCGCGUCCGACACCCUAGCGCCAUCUGGUGCCCGUCUCCAGCAGCAGCAGCAGCAGCCGUACUUUUAUUCGUCUCUACCACGACACUGCGGUCGGACAGCGCCCCAGCAGCCUCUCCUGCGGACUGCGUCGACCGUGGCCGUCGGUGUGCAGGUUCCUUCUCCACCGACCCAGCCACCAGCAGCACCACCGGUCGCCCACGCAAGACGUUCGCAGCAUCACCAGGAGUCACAGGUCGAUGAGAAGAUGCUCGGUCUAGUGAGCGAAAGCCCGAAGCCGUCAUCGGCAGACCCAACGCAGCGCAACGAUCCCCUGCAAGGCGGCCCCGAUGACGAGGACGAUGAUGAUGACCUGGACAAUCCUGACUCACCGGCCCUGUCGGCGUCACCUCCACCGGCACCACCACCACUGCCACCACCGGUCCGCAAUGGUUGCCAGCGGUGCCGCUUUUCGAUGGCAUCGGCCAGCUCGACCCUUAAUCGAUCCCAUCCACACCUGGCCUCGCUCGGCGGCGGCGGCGGUGGCGGCGGUACCCUUGGGUCGGGAUCGAUCGGAAGUGGCACAUUGCCCCGGUCACACAAUCGGGCUGGUGGCACUCUGGAGCGUAACCACUUGACCGCCAGCUCGGGACAGCUGCAGACGGGCGGCAACGGCACCUAUCCUGGAUACGAUCGGAACCGGUUGCUGGAUGAGGAGGACUCGGCGUACCCGGCGCUGCUCGAGCGGGAGCUCCACUCGCUGCACCGGAACGUUCCUGCUUUGAGGCGGGCCGGUGUCGAUACGACGGCCAUCAGACAGCACUUCUACCCGGACGGUGGCUGGGGCUGGAUCGUCUGUGGUGUCGCGUUUCUGGCGCAUGUACUCACGACCGGCUUCCAGCUUUCGUACGGGCUGCUGCUACUGUACGCGAUACGCCAUCUGGGUCACGAGGUGAAUACCGAAGCAGGAUGGCUCGGGCCGGCCAGCUGGGCUGCGUCGCUGUUUUCGGCCACGAUCGUUGUGGCGCUUUGCCGCAGGAAGUCCACCCGGCUGACGGCCGUCCUCGGUGGGCUGGUGCUCGCCCUCGGCAUCCUGUUCACAUCCUUCGCCACGCAGCUGCACCAGGUAGCAUUCAGUUAUGGCGUCAUCGUUGGUAUCGGUUCGGCGAUGGUUCGAGAGUCGGCCGCCGUUAUGCUGGGCCAUUACUUCAAACGUCGGAGACAAUUUGUUGAAAUGAUCACCAUGUCCGGCGAGGGUGUCGGUGUGGCGCUAUUUUCCGUCAUCUUGAAGGAAGGCGUCGGGAAGAUGGGUUGGCGACUCGGUCUGCAGGCCGUCACCGGGCUGGUGUCGUUCAGCUUCUUCAUGGGACUGCUGUACCGGCCGGCCUCACUGUACCAUCCGCAGCGGCGCGCGAUACUGCACUUGAAAAACCAAAGGAAAAAGGUGAAGGAAAAGAAAACUCACGUCCGUACGCCGAAGCCACCGUUUCUCGAUUUCACGCCCCUAAAGUCGUCGUCGGUGCGAAUGCUGUCCAUAUCGGCCUCGGUGGCCGCACUUGGCAUCUAUUCUCCGAUAUUCUUUCUGUCCUUGCACGGGUUCAGCGAGGGCUACGACAUGCAGGAUCUGGUGCUGCUGCAAACCUUUCUCGGACUGUCGAUAGCGUUAGGCAUAGUGUUUAGUGGUUCAUCGAUCAACAAGACGCUGGAAAUUUCCUUCCGGAAGGUGCAGAUAUCGCGUCAAUAUGUUUGUCAGGGCUGUGUUACGUUAGUGUCACUCUCGCUAUUAGUGUUAUCGGCCGUGGCCGACUACCGGGGCCUCUGCUUUUCGGCGUGGGCCUACGGACUCGGGCUCGGCGGCUAUCGGUACACCUUGAAGAUGCUGGCGAUCGAGCGGAUCCGCGGCAAGUACUUCUCCAAGGCGUGGGGUUUCAUCAAGGGAGCGGAGUCACUGCCGGUGCUGUUCGGGGUGCCCCUGUGCGCCUUCCUGAACGACUCCUCGCACCGGUAUGGCCGAGCCGGUUACUACAUUUGCGCCGCCAGCGCCGCCAUCUCCGCCAUCAUCCUGUUCUUCGUCGGCUACCCGGACGGGCGCAACAUGAAGUACUCCACUAAUGGGUCCAUCACAUCACGCUGCACGGUCCCGACGUCCUCGAGCGCCGACUGUCAGCAUAUCCUGGAUCGCAGCUUUUCCUCGCACCGUUACAACAACCCACCGUGGUACGGCGGGGGCACCAACACGCUCGCCACGAACCUCUCGAACGGUUGUCACGGAACGACAGGCAGCUUCAGUGCGGCGGCCGGCCCUCCGGGCACACUGCAGCGUGGCCUCUCGACGAGCCAAUUCAUGAACGGUGGUCUGAACCUGUCCUCGGGAGCAACGGCCGGAACGAGUGGUACCGCUGGUCACCUGCUAGGCAACAGCCAGUCCGUCGAUAAUCCGCAGCCCGGUCCGGCCGGCGGUGGUCAGCCCUUCGGCAGCUAUCACAGCCCGUACUGCGGCCAGGCGGGUUCCGGGACGAUGCCGCAUGGCCGGCUGCACAAGAGCCUCUCGUUUGCGUUCCAAACGCCGAUGUUCAGUGACGAUCCGGUCCAUCACACGUGCCAGCUGGCAUCGUAUGCGGCGGAUUAUCCUCCGAGCCGGUGCUACUCCAGGUGUGAAGUUCACAAUCCGUCAGCGGCAGCGACACCGGUGACGGUCCACCGUGACACUCGGCAGCAGAGCUUCCGUUCCGGUGGGCAGACGGGUCGCACCCAGACCCAGGGCACACCAGGGCGUCAGCGAAGCGUGGGGCAACAGCAUCAACCGUCAACACCGCACCACCACCACCACCUUCAGCAGCAGCAUCCGUACCAUUAUCCUCCUCAUCAGACCCAGCAACGGCAUCAUCGUCAUCCGCAUCAUCAGCAUCAACUGCCACCGUAUCCGGCAAACGGGCUCCAGUAUCAACCGUCCCGCAGCCGUAGCGUUCCGGAGGGGCUGGGCGGGCGGCCGGGGCCGGCCACCGGGGGUGCGUUCGCCGACUGUCACUGGAAUCACUGCCACUGGACCACCGCCAGCGGGGUCAACUUCUGCCGUCCGAAUCGCCCGAUUCAGGUGGUCGAGCAAAUCACGACGUCCGUUUGA